AGGGCAGUCCGUCGGAGAGUUCGAGCAAAGUGCGGACAAAGGAGGAGACUUUUCCAGGCUGCUGCUCCGCUGCUGUGCUGCUCCUGUCGAAAACGCCAAGUGGAAAAUGUGAUGUGAUGUGUUCGCUUUAAUUGUCGAGGAUAAAUCAAUUCCGCUGUUAACUGGAUUACGGGCGCGUACCUGGCCGAAAGCUGGGGAGCGGAAUCGAACAGGCCCAGUCGGAGGCAGGCCGUGGAAAAACCCCCAUCGCGAACCAGUUCGUGGCAGUGUGUGUGUGGCUUUUCGCCUUACUUUUUUAUGCGCAAUUUGGGUUACAAAGCGAGAAAAACGCUGCUUAAAAUGCAUUAAAAUGUUUUAGGCACGGGGCUUCAUUGAUUUUCCUACGCACAAAAGUAUGUUACACGGUGUCCAAAGCAGGAACAAAGGAAGCAGGCCAGCGAUGCGGACAAGGACGCGAGGAAGCUGCUUCUAGCUGCCCAGUAGUCACCAGGUCUAGGCGGAGGACCAGCCGCCGCGCAGAUCAAGAAACUCAUCCGGGCGGAGCCCAGCGGAGGCAUCCUGGCGCCCGUACUGCCCAGUAGCGGCAUGGCCGGCCUCGUCGGCGCCGCCAACGGCAAGCACCACCACCCACACCUCAUCUCGCCCACCCAUCACUCGUCAUCCCUGCCGGCCGGCAUAUGCAGCAGUGACAGCGGCAUCUCCACGCUGAGUGCCAUCUCGCCCCCCCUCUCCACCUCGACCACGACGGCGUCCGGCGCAGGUGGCGGCGUGGGCGGAAGUGGCGGCAGUCCCCAGCUGCGCACCUCGCCGGCUCUGAGCAUGUUGGGCAGCGCCACGGCGACGUCCAGCGGAAACAGCGCCUCCGCCGGUUGCGGUCUCACCGCCGGGAUCCUGGGUCCGGCGGCCAGCAUCGACCUGGGCAGCUCGCCGCUCUCGCACCGAAACUACAGCAACUCGCUGAAGGGCUUUAGCUUCCGGCGCAGCUUCGAUGACAAGAUCAUCGCCCCGCCCUACCUGUCGCGCGCUCCCGCCUACGCCCACGGCAUUCCCUAUCCGCACUUUCACGCGCCCCAGUCAACGGCCUCCAACCCACACCACCUCCACCUGCAUCACCACGGCAACGGCACUGCAGCGGCAUCGGGUGCGGUAGCUGGAACGGGAUCGGGAACGGGCGCCGGUGCCGGAGGACUCUACCAGCAGCCCCUCUCGCUGGCCACGAUGACGGCGGCGCUGCCACUGGCGCCGCUGUACGGAUCCCCCCUGUCGCUGCCGCUGACCUCGUCCCAGUCCACCACCAAGCUCUCCUACCGCGACGACUUUCUGCAGCAGAUUGGCUACCUGCCAACGACGCGCAUCUACAGCACCCCGACCAGCAUCGUGGACGAGGACAAGGCCCAGCAGGACUUCCUCUCGCUGUCACUCUCCCCACCGCUCAACCGACGCCGGGACAUGCCGGCCCUGCGCGGUCCUUUUGUCAGCCUAUCGGAGCCCCGCGGAACCCUAAGCACGACUGAUGAAAUCUAUCCGGAUUCGUCCGACAGCAGUCUCUACGUUUCGGACGAGGAGCAGGAGGACGCAUCCCAGUAUUGCCGCGGAGGCUACCAUCCGGUGGUCAUUGGGGACAUUUUCGACAAUCGGUUUCGCGUGGUCCGAAAACUGGGCUGGGGGCACUUUUCCACUGUCUGGCUCUGCCGGGAUCUCAAAGACGAGAAGUACGUGGCCCUCAAGGUGGUCAAGAGUGCGCCUCACUACAUAGAGACGGCAGCGGAUGAGAUAAGGCUGCUGGAGGCUAUCCGCGACGCAGAUCCCAUGGACGUGAAGCGGGAGCGGAUCGUGCGGCUGAUGAACCACUUCACGGUGCGCGGCGUGAACGGGAUGCACACCUGCCUGGUCUUCGAGGCCCUCGGCUGCAGCUUGUACAAGCUGAUCGUAAAGAACAACUACCAGGGCCUGGCCAUAGCCCAGGUGCGGAACAUAAUCCGCCAGGUUUUGGAGGGUCUGGACUACCUACACAGCAAGUGCAGCAUCAUCCACACGGACAUAAAGCCGGAGAACAUCCUGCUGGUGAUCGACAAUGCCGCGGCGAUGAACCAGCAGAUUGACGACGAGAUCAACAGCCUGCGGGUGAAGGGGGCCGACUUCCCCGACUCCUACAUCAGUUCCAUCGAGAAGCAGACCAAGUCGCGGGCCAAAUGGCCUCUGAUCGAGCCGAAUGGGUCGACCAACACCAACACGAACACCAGCAACAGCACCGCGAACAACUCCAACUCGUCGACGCCGCUGGCCGCCGUGAUCAUGUCCUCGCUGGACAAGGAGGACACCAACACCACCACCUCGUCCACGCUCAAUUCCAACACCACGUCCUCGCUGGCCUCGAAGUACUCCAGUCUGUUGGGAGACAGCGAGUGCAACGGAGGCCUCGGCGGAUCAGCGAACCUGAACAACCGAUACAGAGCCGAGAAGAAAAUCACUGCCAAGUCUUCUGGGGAUGGCGAGGAGGAUGCCGAGUCCGACACCCUGGGCGAGCAGAGCACCAUGGCCAGCGAUACGCCCACCGAUCCCGAGACCGAACGUGAACCAGAAGCCAGUCCCAUCGCGGUCCCUGAGCUGCCCACCCCGAACUCCACCAACAGCUCCUGUCCAUCCCACAUCACCAAUACGUUAGCCAAGUCCAAGAUCAACUCGAAUAUUCUGAGCACGUGCACGUCCCUACCCAACGAAUACAGCCUCACCAACACGAACACCAAUAGAGAUUCAAACACUGUCUCCACUUCCGCCCCUCCAAGUGCCACUCCCUCCUCCGCCUCUGCAUCUGCCACGCCCCCCAGCACGUGCACGCCUUCGUUCACGCGUAUAGCGCCUACUGCAACAGCUCCAACUACCAGUACUACCUGUACAACAACAGCCGCAAGCACUGAGCUCUAUAAUGGCGAUCAUACAACAAUAUGCACAUCGACAACAACCAACGCGAUAUCCUCCGCGACAACAGCAACGUCGACCACGACAACAGCAAUCGCUAAACUAAAUGUCCAUGCCAAUGCCAUUCCUUCGCAGAACCAGAGUCAAAGUAGCCAGAACAACACCUAUACGAUCCAGUCACUCAUCAACAACAGCAACGUCCGUGUGAAGAUCGCCGAUUUGGGCAACGCCUGUUACGACUACCAUCACUUCACUGAGGACAUUCAGACGCGUCAGUACCGGUCGAUCGAGGUGCUGCUGGGAGCGCCGUACAAUUAUACCGCCGACAUAUGGAGCACCGCCUGCCUGGCCUUUGAGCUGGCCACGGGCGACUAUCUGUUCGACCCCCACGCCGGCGAGUCUUACAGCCGAGACGAGGACCACUUGGCGCACAUUGUCGAGCUGCUGGGCUCCAUACCGCAAUCGGUGAUCCUGCGGGGCAAGCAUGGCCUGAAGUAUUUCACCAGCUAUGGAAGCCUGAGGAACAUCACCAAGCUGAAGCCCUGGAGUCUGAUGAACGUGCUGGUGGAGAAGUACGACUGGGACCCGGUGGAGGCCAAGAAGUUCUCCGACUUUCUUCUGCCCAUGCUCGAGUACAAUCCAGUCAUCCGCGCUUCGGCGGCGGAGUGCCUGCAGCAUCCGUGGCUGGAGCAGGAGGAGUUCGUCUAGGAGGCUCAUAAGAUCGCGAAGACGCUAGAGAGACAACAGACACAGGCACACUUAAAUAAUACAUACAUAACAUACGUAUUUCGUACUCGUAUUGUAUUCUAGGCUUAACUUUUAUAUGCAAACCAAUUUGUCGUAAAGAGAAAUAAUAUAUGUACGUUAGCAAGAAAAUCCGAUGGAGGAAGUUAGCAUUAGAGGACCCGAUACACACACCUCAUACACAUACGAUAUGUGAAGAGGACGUUCCGCGUGGAAUUUUUUAAGCUUUUUAAUUUUUGUACUCGAGAGCUUUAAAAUGUAAUUACUAAAGAAGCGAUUUUAUUUUUAACGACGAAGCAAACGCGAGAAGUUGCGCAAAAUGUUUUUCAAGUUUUAAUUUCGUCAACGUGCAUAUAAGUAUAUACAUACAUACAUAUAUAUUUUUUAUUAAACGAGAAACAAGUGAAACCAAAACAAAAGACAAUGACGACAAUUUUUAAGUCAACAGAUGCCUAAACUGACUGACUGAAAAGGAAUACAUUUUCAUGCAAAACCAAAUAAAACCAACAAAUGAAACAUGCUAAAUAAAUUAUACGAACUAGACAAAUAUUCAGAAUCACAUAAUUCAUAAUACCUUCUAUAAAAUUAAUAAAGUGGUAUGUGUAUAAUUAACGAAACCCAAUUGUAGAUAUCAAGAAUGUUCAACACAAAAAUACAGAUGAAAAUUUAAAUAUUGACAGCUUUUUAGCAGCGUGUAGUGAUUUUGGUACAUUUAACCGAAACUUAUUGUAGAUCCUUAAGCCUAAGUUGGAUACGAGCCGAUUUUCGAGAAGUGUUUUCCUAUCAGUUUUCAGUUUGCAAUGUUUAUUAUUUAACGUAACAUUUACAAAUUUUCCCAGCAUCCGUGAAAUUGAUCCAAUCCCAGGUCACAUAAAUUAAGAGAAUAAAACAAUAAAACACAAAAGUCUUUGUAUCGGAAUUGAAAACUCGAAAUCGAAAUUUAAAUACUACCAAUGAUAAUUAAAGAGAAAUCACAUUACCGAAAAUCGAAAACAUAUUUUACUACUUGCCUACAAGUAUUUGUACACAAGCCUACAAAGUAAUAAUGAACGUGACCAAAUAAUUUAAUAUUGUGGAAGAUUUUUCCCUUAAACACAUAUUUAAUAUACACAAACAUGGGCGGAUGUGUCCAAAUAAAAUGUAACAGAAAGUUAAGCGGAGAAGCUGCACGUUCGAGGGAGUGGGCACAUAUUUCAAUAAGCCGAAAUAAAGAAUAUACAUACCGAUCAA